AUGAAUCAACGAGGAUUUAUGGCUCCACCUGAAAACAAUGCUAAGUUCGGUUCAUCUUUCUAUCCUCUAAUUCCAGCUAAACCACCACCCAUUCUUUCAAGGCAAAAUGGCUAUCCAAUCGAAGCACACGUCAACCAACAACAAGAAUUCACCCCGGUUCGCCAUUUCAGAAAGAGCAAGGGCCUCACCAUUCGGGCGGCGGCCUUGCAUCGAAACGAGGGUCUAUACAACCACCAAGAUCUUCCAACCCAAAAUGUAAGUUUUCAUUCUAAUUCGAACUCUUACAUGCCUACAUUACCCAUCAUAGAAGGCUCGUCGUGGAAUGAUAACAACUUGAGUAGUACAAAAGGUCCAAAUGAAGGACCGUCUUGGGCUAUUACGUCUAAGGAUAAUCUUAUGCUAGUCAAGGGGAAAGCGAUUGCAGCCUUAGAAACCCCAAAACCCAUUGAAGAAAACACACCACCACAAACCAACCUAGAUUCCUUUUCUCAUCUAAACGACAGCAACUGGACAGAUUGCAAUUUUACCAAAUUAUUGAUGGAAACUGAAGAUUUCGGCCUUGAUUCACUUCUGUGGAGCAAUACAGACAUCUUUACAGAAACUGCUAGAGAUGAAUCAGCAGCAUUGGAAUUUAAACCAGUCUACGAUCUAAACUCACCACCAGAAUCUGAGGCCGAUGCUAUCUCUUGUGGAACAAAUUUGUUCAAAUUUAGAGUAGCGACCCCAGAUCAUACGAAGCAAGUUGAGAGCCGAUAUCAUGUAUCAGCAGAUGAGAAUUCCAGUCAGGAGAAGGAAUUUGCAGUUCCUGCUGAAAAUGUGAAUGUCCUUGAAACAUUAGCAGCUAAUGGUUCUUCAGAGGUUAUUGAUAUAAACAUCUUACAGCAGCAGGAAGGAGGUAAAGGUACUGACCCGAACAAGACUCCAAAGCAGAAAACACCCAAAAGACGCAAGCACAGGCCAAAGGUUAUCAUUGAAGGAAAAGCCAAAAAGAUUCCAAAGGCGGCUAAGGGUAAGGGUGUAAAGAAGACCAGUCUAGGUGAAAAGAGAAAAUACGUGCGAAAGAGCAACCUGGUGGAAAUGGAAAAUGGUGCAACUAAUUCCAAGGAGAAGAAGCUGAAUGGCAAGAGAAAGUAUGCCAGGAAGAAUAAAGAACCAAUACCUGAACACCAACCAGAAACAAGUACAAAAUCAUGCAGGAAAGCAUUGGAUUUUGACCUGGAAAUUGAACAAGGGCUUGAAAUCCAGAUGGAAGCAAGAAAUGAAGUGAAUCAAGUUGUUGAGACAGAUCAACAUAAUGCUUGUACUGUGCAAAAUCUGAAUCCAAUAGCGAGAAGAUUAAAGAUAGGCCAAUCGGACCAAACUAGAGAGCAAAAUAACCAAGUGACCGCUGCUCAAGAAAACCUCUUUCAUGAUAUUAGACAGACAGAUGAGAAUUCCGGAAUCUUGGAAGGGAAUCCAUUGCUUAGCAAGAGAAGCAGCAGUGACCAUUUAGUGACUGGACCAGAAUUCCUUAAGAAAAUGAGAACAGAGAAUGGUUUUCUUCAAAUGCCACUUAACUCUCCUCCAACUGUUCCAAGUAGUUCAAAACGUAUUUCAACCAGUGUAAGGAACUUCAACAUGUUAAGCAGUCCAAAUUGCUAUUACUUUGGAGAUGGGUUAAUUUCCAGAGUAAAUGAUACAUUCACAACUAACAACAGUGUUGAUUUUAGCUCUCAUUCAGAGGCUGCCAUGCCAAAUACACACCAGCCACAGACUGUGGCUUCCUUUCCGUUCAAUAUUGAAAAUUCUCAAAGUUCAGUCUAUUUGUGCAAUAAUAUCCUGGGAAUGCCUCACACAGACCAGCAAUCGUUGAGCCAAAACCAGAGAGCCUUUUCAGUUGGUUAUCAUCAGCAAGGAACAAAAUCCAGUGAGAUCAAGGCAUUACAAGAGCAGCAUUUGGAACAAGGAGCGCCAUCCAAAGUAGUGGUGACUGAUAAGAAUAAAACCAUCUCCCGAAAGCAGAAGCAUGGAUUGAACUGUACUCCUAAUGUGUCCGUCAAUGAAAAAGCAGGCCUACUACAAAAGGAGAAGGAGAAAAUAAUUACAGUUGAUCAACUAAUUGACAGAUUAAAGGAUCUAAGUAUCUACGAUUAUAGGGAAACAACAAAAGGCAAAAUGGCACUUGUGCCCUACAAAGAAGUUGACGCAGUUGUUCCUUACGAAGGAUUCGACAUUGGCAAGAAGAAGCAGCAACGUCCAAAAGUAGACCUUGACCCGGAGACAGAUAGAGUCUGGAAAUUACUAAUGGGUAGUAAGGAAGGAAGUGAAGCCAAUGAAGCUGAAGAUAAAGAUAAAGCCAGUGAAAAAUGGUGGGACGAAGAAAGGAAAGUAUUCCAUGGACGAGUAGAGUCUUUUAUUGCGCGCAUGCAUCUUGUCCAAGGAGAUAGACGUUUCUCGCGAUGGAAGGGAUCGGUAGUGGACUCCGUCAUAGGAGUAUUUCUUACUCAAAAUGUUUCAGACCAUCUAUCAAGCUCGGCGUUCAUGUCCCUUGUUGCAAAAUAUGCCGCUCCAAAGGAAAGCCCAGUCCAAAAUUGGUUCCAAGGCGAAUCAAGUGUAUCAGAAAAGGCACCAAUUCUUCAAGAGAAUCUUUUCACGCAUGUUGUAUCAGAAAAGGCACAAAUUCUUCACGAGAAUCUUUUCACACGUAUAUCAGAAAAUGCACCAAUUCUUCACGAGAAUCUUUUCACGCAUGUUGUAUCAGAAAAGGCACCAAUUCUUCGCGAGAAUCUUUUCCCACAUGUUGUAUCAGAAAAGGCACCAAUUCUUCACGAGAAUCUUUUCACACAUGUUGUAUCAGAAAAGGCACCAAUUCUUCACGAGAAUCUUUUCACACAUGUUGUAUCAGAAAAAGUGCCAGAACGCCCAAGCGUACCUAAUUCCUACAGCAAGCAAGGUAAGGAGGAUUUUGGUUCUUCAGAUAAUCCAAAUUGUGAUCUUCAACUCCAUGAUGAAGUUAUAUCUUGGGUAGAACCUAGUUCUAAACCACAAAAAAGUAUGAAUCGUCUCCAUUAUCCUUCUUCAUCUACUCAUUUCCAUACAACAGCUCAAACUACAACAUUUGAGGAAUGGAGGUCUCGAGACCAACUGUUUCAUAGGUCUACUGAUCUGAAUUUUCGUAGGAAUGAUGCAACAGAAGUUAGGAGACAAUUUUCCUUGUUGGACAAAUAUGAUGACGCAAAAUACUUAUCCACUGGUGCCUUCGCAAAAACAGAUUUUUAUCCGAUUAAUGCAAUAAUGCAGCCGACAACACCAGAGAAGGGAAGAGGUAGUUUUUCUUUGUUUGGAAAUGAAAGCACUUCUUCCGUGUCUCCAUUUUGGUCUGAAGUUUCCAGCUCAAAGAUGAAUCAUUCAAGCAAAAACAUUGGAAAUAAGGCAAAGGACAUAGUAAGUACGGUCGUCCAAAAUAGAAGGACUUCACUUUAUGAAGCACAAAGAAAUGGUUUAUUAAGUGAACAUAUGAGCAGGAAUCCAAUUCAAGAACAAUGUUUCCCCAUUUCCUCACCUUAUAUCAACAAGUACACAAAUUCUGCAGAUACCCAUAACCAAGAGAAACUGUCCUUACAACAUCAGAAAGGAUUCAAUAGAGUACCCUCAAGACAUGAGCAAAUGAGCAGCAAAAUUCAAAUUGGUGACAGACAACAAGUUCCAAUCAGCCCAAACAAGGGGAUAUUUAUGUAUGAUGAAAUGCCGAAUUUUGAUAAUGUGGGUAGACAACAAGUUCCAAUCAGUCCAAACAAGGGGAUAUUUCCGUCUACUGAAAUGCUGUAUUUAGAUAAUGGGAGUAGACAAGUUCCAAUCAGCCCAAACAAAGGGAUAUUUCUGUCUGAUGAAAUGCUGAAUUUAGAUAAUGGGAACAGACAACAAGUUCCAAAUCAUCCAAUGUACAAGAGGCAAGCAAUCAUCCCAGACAAGAGGAUAUUUGUGGCUGAUGAAACACCGAUAUUAGAAAACGGGGGAAGACAGCAAGUUCCAAAUGAUCCAAUGUACAAGAGACAAACAAACAGCUCAGAAAAGAGUACAUUUGUGGGUGAUGACAUACUGAAAUUAGAUAAUGGAGCAGUUGAUAGUGUAAGUGCAAAGGAACAUGUACAUUCUUCUGGUGAGUCAAAUCAUGGAACGGCUGUGAAUACCUCAAGCAAAAAGAAGGCAAAGCCCGAGAAUGAGAAAGCUAAACCAUUUGACUGGGACAGUUUGAGAAGAGAUGUGGAGGCCAAUGGGAAAAGAAAAGAGAGACGCAGUGAUGCAAUGGACUCAUUAGAUUAUGACGCAAUAAGAAAAGCAACUGUUCGUGAAAUCUCAAAUACAAUCAAAGAAAGAGGAAUGAACAACAUGUUGGCUGAACGCAUCAAGGACUUUCUUGAUCGACUGGUCAAAGAACAUGGAGCAGUUGACCUUGAAUGGUUGCGAGAUGUCCCUCCAGAUAAAUCAAAGGACUUUCUUUUGAGUAUUCGAGGAUUAGGGUUGAAAAGCGUAGAAUGUGUGCGGCUAUUAACACUCCAUCAUCUUGCUUUCCCGGUUGACACUAAUGUUGGAAGGAUAGCUGUGAGGCUUGGGUGGGUUCCACUUCGACCUCUGCCUGAGUCACUUCAGCUACAUCUCCUUGAACUGUAUCCAAUGCUUGAGACAAUUCAAAAAUAUUUAUGGCCUAGGUUAUGCAAGCUCGAUCAGAGAACACUAUAUGAACUACACUACCAAAUGAUUACAUUUGGAAAGGUUUUCUGCACUAAAAGCAAACCAAAUUGUAAUGCAUGCCCGUUGAGAGGAGAAUGCAGACAUUUUGCAAGUGCUUUUGCAAGUGCGAGGCUAUCCUUACCAGGUCCAGAAGAAGGAGGAAAGAUAGUAUUUACUUCAAGUGUUCCAACUCCUGUAAAAAUGAAGCCUUUACAACUUCCUACAGCUUCUAACAGCAUUUUAUCCGAAGAGUUGGGAUCUAUAAAUCGUACUUAUGAACCUAUUGUUGAGGAACCAGCCUCCCCACCAGAGCCAGAAAGAGUUGAAAUAACACAAAGUGAUAUUGAGGAUUUAUUUUACGAGGACCCUGAUGAAAUUCCCACUAUCAAACUGAAUAUUGAAGAGUUCACACAGAAUCUGCAUAGUUACAUGCAAGAAAACAUGGAUCUACAAGAAAGUGAUUUUUCCAAAGCCUUGGUUGCAUUGACUCCAGAGAUUGCUUCUAUCCCAGCUGCUAAACUGAAGAAUGUGAGUCGAUUAAGGACGGAGCAUCAAGUGUAUGAACUUCCAGAUUCACAUCCACUCCUAAAAGAGAUGGAAAGACGAGAACCAGAUGAUCCCAGUCCAUAUCUUCUAGCUAUAUGGACACCUGGUGAAACUGCUAGUUCUAUUCAACUACCAGAAAGAAGUUGUGGGUCUCAAGAUACAAGCAAUUUGUGCAAUGAAAGCACAUGUUUUUCAUGCAAUAGUAUAAGAGAAGCAAAUGCACAAAUAGUACGGGGAACACUUCUGAUACCAUGUCGUACAGCAAUGAGGGGAAGUUUUCCACUCAAUGGCACAUAUUUCCAAGUCAAUGAGAUGUUUGCUGAUCAUGAAUCAAGUGUUAAUCCAAUCAAUGUUCCAAGAUCAUUAUUAUGGAACUUACCGAGAAGGACCGUAUGCUUUGGAACAUCGGUGACAUCCAUAUUUAAAGGGUUGUCAACUGAGGGAAUUCAGCAAUGCUUCUGGAGAGGAUUUGUUUGUGUGAGGGGAUUCGAUCAAAAAUCAAGAGUACCUCGACCUCUCUUAGCCAGAUUGCACUUCUCAGCAAGCAAAUUGGUGAAAGUGAAAAACGACGAGAAAAAAAAGUAAAUUCUGAUCUGGUAGAAGCAGAAAGAGUUAGAUGAUCUAAAGGAAAACUUCAUUUGGUAUACAUUAAUCUUAGAACAACAGGUCAUUGGACUAACUAACUGGUUGUACAUACAAUUAUAUAACCUCUAGCAUGAGGUUCUCUCUUGAGGCGCAUUUUCCAUUUUCAUCCUUCCCAGCAUUUAGUUUAGGGUGUAAAUCAUAAGGCCAUGUUUGGUUCAAUUCUUGCUCAUAAAGGAGCCAUUUUUUAUUUUAAUUUAUUAUUUAUCAUAAAUGAGUUGGAAAGAGAAGAGAAGAAUGUAAUUGGUACUCUUGAAAUUGAUGUAUGCUAGAUGCUUAGUGAAAUAAUCACAUUAGUUUAAACUUUGAAAGCA